AUGUUGGUCAAUCGAAACCAAGAAACUUGUCGUCAGGUCGAUGUCGACUCUUAUUUUGACAACACCAAGCUCACGUAUGGAGAUGCAGGCUACAAGGUGCCCUAUACACCUCAAAACACUUACAAAGAUCCCAACGGUGACCGUCAAGACUAUCUCGAAAAGACCAAGGGUCUCACUGCGAUGCAGAGGCACAUUGCCUUUUUCGACGGUGACUGCGAUGGUGUCAUCUGGCCUACCGACACCUACUUUUCCUUUCUCUCGCUUGGCUUUGGCUUGAUUCUCUCGCUGCUAGCCGUUGGCAUCAUCCACGGGCCGUUUUCGUAUCCCACGCUGCCGAAGAACCGCCACAAGGUGCUGAAUUGGCUGCCGGACCCAUUCAUGCGAAUCUAUGUCGCCAACAUUCAUCGAUGCAAGCACGGCUCGGACUCAGAGUCGUAUGAUCGACGCGGCCAGUUCCGACAGACGCAGUUCGAGAGGAUCUUAGAGGACUAUUCGACUCGAAACAAAAAAGAUGCGCUUUCAUUCUCGGAUGUCAUGGCCAUGAUCCGUGAGCGCCGAGACUUGAUGGACCCCUUUGGAUGGUUUGCCUUUAUGUUUGAAUGGGGCAGCAGUUACAUGCUUCUUUGGCCAGCUGAUGGCUACAUGCGCAAGGAUGACAUUCUCGGCAUCUUUGACGGCUCCAUCUUUGUCGUGCUUGCACACCGUUACAAGAGCGGACAUGGUGGCGGUGCAUUCCAGGCCAAGAAGGUUGUUUCAUAA